GAGAGAGAGAGGAGAGAGGACAGAGAGUUGCGCAGGAGCGAUGGAGAGACAGGCUUUUUGCUGCGAUCAGUGUUUUCAUCAGUAGUCUUGUUCUUCAGCUGCUGUGUAGCGGUGGGAUCGCGGACAUUUAUUGCAUUUAUCACGCUCUCUCUCUCUCUCUCUCUCUCCCUCACACACACACAAACUUGGAUUCUCUGAUUACUGGCACACACACAGCGGUCGCCGUGCUUGAAUAUGGCGAGAUGCUGCUGCUGCUGUUGCUGCUGCUGAGGUGUGACAUGUGUGUCAGGUGUGUAUGAGCGCCUGGUGUGUCGAUUCCCAUGCACACUGUGACACACUCUCACUUUGACUUGAUGCCCGGCGCCUCUGACAGGCUGAGGGACGUACAGCACGCCUGGCCAGGGGCCCCUCCAUGCCAUGGAAGAAUGCAAGCAGAUCAUGGCACGUCAGAAAUCUAACAGCCAGUCGGACUCGCACGAUGAUGAGGUUUCUCCCCCGCCACCCAACCCCGUUGUCAAGGCCCGGCGCCGCAGAGGAGGGGUCAGCGCCGAGGUCUACACCGAAGAGGACGCUGUCAGCUACGUACGCAAGGUGAUCCCGAAGGACUACAAGACCAUGACCGCCUUGGCCAAGGCCAUCUCCAAGAAUGUGCUGUUUGCUCACCUGGACGAUAACGAGAGAAGUGACAUAUUCGACGCCAUGUUCCCAGUCACCCACAUCGCGGGAGAAACGGUCAUCCAGCAAGGCGAUGAAGGAGACAACUUCUAUGUGAUCGACCAAGGUGAAGUGGACGUGUAUGUGAACGGGGAGUGGGUGACCAGUAUUGGAGAAGGAGGCAGUUUUGGGGAGCUGGCUCUGAUCUACGGGACUCCCAGAGCCGCCACCGUCAAGGCCAAGACUGAUCUGAAACUGUGGGGCAUCGACCGAGACAGCUACCGGCGCAUCCUCAUGGGCAGCACGCUGAGGAAGAGGAAGAUGUAUGAAGAGUUCCUCAGCAAGGUCUCCAUCCUUGAGUCUUUGGAUAAGUGGGAACGUCUGACUGUGGCCGAUGCUCUGGAGCCCGUUCAGUUCGAGGACGGAGAGAAGAUAGUGGUGCAAGGAGAACCUGGCGAUGACUUCUUCAUUAUUACAGAGGGAAUAGCCUCUGUUCUGCAGCGCAGGUCUGACAACGAGGAGUACGUGGAGGUCGGACGCCUCGGACCCUCCGACUACUUUGGUGAAAUCGCCCUGCUGUUGAACCGUCCCAGGGCGGCCACCGUGGUCGCUCGCGGCCCGCUCAAGUGCGUGAAGCUGGACCGGCCCCGCUUCGAGCGCGUGCUGGGGCCGUGCUCGGAGAUCCUCAAGAGGAACAUCCAGAGAUACAACAGCUUCAUCUCCCUCACCGUGUGACACGUCGGCCCCUCUCUGGGCCCCACCAGCAGGGGUGGGCGGCAUCAGCAUCAGAGUUUUGGUUCUGUGGGUGGGAAGAGGUGAGGAGUACGGGGGUAAAGGACACGGGUUUUACAUCCACAACUACAGGGCGCCUUUUCAUUUACAUUUUGUUUCUUAUUUUUCUUUCGAUCUUGUUGCACUUUGACUUGACCUGUGCUGUCACGUAGCUUUAUGUCCAAAACACCAACAUGCAAGGAGUGUAAAAAUCAGAGCGAGGACGGAGAUCAUUCAACUCAUUCUAUACUGUAAAUGAGUCACAUAUACAGCGUGGCAACUGUAUGCGAUGCAUGCUUCUAGACUGACAAAGAAUGGCGUUUGCACUUUGGUGAAUUUAUGAAGGGUACGGAUGAAUUCAGGAAAUAAGGAGGAAGUAAAGUUGACGUGUUUACGUGCAGCGGGAGGAAGUGAGCACACGUUUUUUCACUGGCCUUUUUUUUUUUUCACUUGUUCUGGGUGUGAGUGGUGCCAUUUCUAGGUCAAAUCAGACCCGCACUACACCGACCUCUGUUCCCCUGAAACGUAGCUGUAGAGGUGUGAAGAAAAAUAAAGUUUCAUUUUUUUAGUGCUUCUGCUUUGUUGCUUUUACUGCUAUUAUCAGUUGGGGGGUUUUAAAGGCAGCGAUACGUUGAAGAUUUUAAUAUUAUGUCAGCCAAAUUAACAAGAAAUCCUCUCUGUCUCAAUAAUCCCUGAAGCGGCUCAGUUUGAUCUGUGAGCUGUGGGACUCCAAAGGAGCAGUAGUGGGAUCAGUCCGGUCCACACACACACACACUGAAACACACUGACAUGAAACACACAACCAUAUAUGCUUACACUGUCUCAGGACUAUAUGAAUCUUCAACACACACACACACAGGUCUUUCCUGAUGCUUUAUUUCUAAGCUGAUUUUGUUCUGCUUUAAACUGCUAGAUGAACGCUUUUGCACCACUUUAGAGUUUGUAACGUCGGGUCAAUACAGAAGUUUGAUUUAGCCGUUUUUAAAGACAUGACUUGUAUGUUAUAAAUAUAUAAAAUAAAAGAUAUACUUGUGUUGGCUUUCCUUUGAUCUACUCUGUAAUCUUGUCAAAGUUGCACAACUGACCCAGCGACUGAUGUUGUAUAAAACGGGACCUCAUGAAAAGAAUCUUUCUAUAUUCUCUCUGUCUCUGUAUGUCUUUGUUUCAACUGUCGAACCAUCUUGAGCAAAUAAAGAUACGCUUCUGAAAUA